UACUGGGAGAUUGUACGACAGGACGAUUUGUAGCUCACUUGCAAGACACUCGAAUUGCGUUAACACAUUUACAUUUACAAUUACAUUUAAAAACUGCGUAAAGAGACACUCUAUAUAUGGAUUGUUCACAAAAAUACUGCAACGGAUUGCAUAUUGUUUUGAAUGAUACGAAGCCCCCGUGGUACCAAUGCGACAAGCAGCACUUGGCGCGUCAAUGGCGUCUUCAAAUUGGCCUACGAUAUCGACCUGGAUAAAAUACAGCAGACCAUUGGCAGGAUAUCACGGGAGGCAACGGACAGAGCUGACCAAAAUCCGGAAACCUUGGUAGACCAUUAUCAGAGCGAAAUAGUGGAGGCAAUCGGGAGAAAAGCAAGUCCGCCGCCGAGGAAACCGCGCUAUAGUGAGCGCGGAUCACCGGACGCUACAGACGGGAACAGGAUGCGGAGGCGAGUAACAAUAAUCAACAAGUUAGGAUCAAUACCUGCCUGUUCGAUGCGACCCACGAAAUGUUUGGAAACAUCAACAAUAUCGUUGUCCGGAUAUACUCAAUAAAUACCAAUUUCUGGACUAUAUCGAACUAGAAAGAAUACUUGACGAGGUCGACGAUCUCCCCUACCAAAAUGCAAUUGAAGCAGAGGAGUUCUCUAUUCUGUCCAUGGUACGAUGCUCCUAUAUGUGUUGGCAUUCUCUAGAGUGCUCGACAGGGAAUAUACACGAGUACACCUUUAUCCAACAAUUUUCGAUGGAAAAGAGAUGGCCCUGGAGUACAGCGCCCUGGCGCGAAAGAAAGCGAAACCUACGUACAUGACGUGAGCUUGAAGAACCUGGAAAGGACCGCUCAUCAGAACUCUAAAUUCCAAAGUCCAUAUUCAAAAAGCUCGAGACCGAUGCUUGAUUGAUUGACGUCAAUCUAGGUCAAUAAGUUGAGUUCAGUUUGGGACUUCAAAUUAAAUGGUUGGCGAUCUUCAAAGUAAAUAAUUCUAAUUAUCCAGAA